ACUGUUGUGACUUGUGAGUUGUCUUGCAGAGCAGUAGACAGACGACUAGACAUCUCAAUGUCACUUAUUUGAUUCGAUCACAGGUGUGAUCACUUAUGAAAUUAUAAUGAAAAACAUCCGUAAACCAAUAGUGAACAAUCGAAGCACAAAUGGCUUAAACUCGAAUUCGAACCACAAGUCUGCCAUCUUUUCCGAAGGCAUGAAUUUAAACUAUAUGAGGACCUUCCAGUCAGAUCCAAAUUCCCCCAAACACAUCUCUAUUUCUUAUGUGUCAUCUGAUCACAGUUUAGUUUAUGAAAGUGUGGUAUUGUUUUAUUCUCUUUCUGCCUUUCUGUUACAAAUUCUACACUUGUAUAGAACAGUUUGGUGGCUCCCACAGUCGUAUGAGAAAAACGCUCUGAAAUUUUACUUGAUCAAUCCUUAUGUUAUUUGUUUUGUCUUGACUCUUGUCAUACCAAGAUGGUUGUGGACUUGCUGCAAAACCUUGAUCAUCAGUAUUUUCCCACAAUCAUUGCAAGAGGGAAUUAAACAUUACUGCCAAAUGAUUCUUCUUGCAACACUUGCAACAGUUCACUUCUAUUUUCUCUUUCUCAUUGCCUCUGAAGAUCCAAGUAUAGAUAAGACCUACAUUAAAGGACAUCCCAUUUUCAGACUGUGUUGUUUAAUUUAUCCAACUCUUGUUAUGGCCACAACUUACAGGAGUGAAUUCAAAAAUUUUCUAGAACUAGUCCCUAACCCAAUUGGAACUAGUGAUGUUUUGUUGCAAUCCUCUCAACUCCAGCAUAGAUGUUCCAAUGACCCUGCCCUUGUGCGACAAGAAGUAGAAACAUUAAGACAGGACUUUAAUUGCCGUUUAAGAAAUGUCUUGUUUCACUCGCACGCUGUCGCUGUGACUUGUACGUUGCUACCGUGUUGUUUUGCACAGACUUUCGUCCAUUUUGAUAUGUACGUGGCUAUUCAGCACUUUGUCCUCGUGUGGGCAGGGAGUCUAACAUUGAACGCGGUCCAUGCUUUCCCCCCUAAAUAUUGCGACAUUAUGCAUAGCUCUGCUAGGCAUUUGGGUUACUGGGAUCGCGUAGGGGCUAAUACAGCGCAAACUGUUCAGUGUGUUGAUAGGUGGUGCCCAAAAACAGUGUGGAAACAAGGAUCGCUUGUUUCACAUGACAAUGUUAUAUAUCGUUCCCGUAACGACCUAAAUUCGGCUGAACCUGGCUCUACUCAUCACAAGCGAUUUUACGCUCUGUUCAUCAAUGCUGCACUGUUUCAAAUUAGUCUUCUAGUUUUCCAGCUGGUGCUAGUCUUGUUGCAACUGAUACUGCUCUUUAGAAGCAAUGAAUGGUAUCAAAUGAUCUCUCUUUCUUUAUUACAAGCUUCAGGUGGUUAUGCAUUGUUUAAGCUCAUGCGAGACGCUGUCGUUGUAUGGCGACUUUCUCUGGCAGAAGAUAUGCUAAAAAACGCUUGAAGAAGUUUCAGCCUGUAAUAUCUCUUUAAUAAAUUUUAUUCAGUUCUAAAUACAUAAUAUGACUUUUGUA